AUGGUUGUACCACGUGUCAAACUGAGUGAGAAAUAUAUCGUAUCGGAGAUGGAAGAAAUGGAACGAGAAGACAACUUUCGUUUAAAACGAUUCAAAGAACUUAAGAUUAAGAAGAAUCAAGCAAGUAAUGCUCAAAAGUGUCCUGCAUGUAAAUUGCCAAUUGAUAAAUGUAUAUGUGAAAAACCUAAUACAGAACCUAAAGAUACAGAAUGUGUUUGUGUUAGUAAAGAAGAAGAACAAAUUAUACAACCAGUCUCUAAAGCUAGCUCUACAUUAGACGAAAAUGUAAGUACGUUUCAUGAAACUGUGGGUGACGUUUUGAGAGAAGAACGUUCAAGUCCCGUAAUCGCAGAAGAAGAUAAGCAACCAGUCCAAACAAUAAAAGAGGAUACAGUUACACCAGAAAAAUCUUGUACUUGUAUCGACAAUUCAGUAGACUCGAAUAACCUUUGCAAAAUUAUUGGUACGGAGAAGGAAGUACGUUCAAGUCCCGUAAUCGCAGAAGAAGAUAAGCAACCAGUCCAAACAAUAAAAGAGGAUACAGUUACACCUGAAAAAUCUUGUACUUGUAUCGACAAUUCAGUAGACUGGAAUAACCUUUGCAAAAUUAUUGGUACUGAGAAGUUAAAAGAAUUAAAGGAUAUUUAUACAGCAAAAAGUAGACAAAGUCAGAAUGAAUGCCCAUGUGAACCGAUAGACUCUAACAGUAUGACAAAAACUCCAGAAAAGUCGUGUACGUGUAUGCCUAAGCCUGUAAACAUAGAAGACCUUUGCCGAAAAGUUGACGUUGAAGACAUGCAACGAAUUAAAGAGGUAUACCUGCAAAAAGCAAUUAACCCUGAUCAAACCCAAUACGAAUGUAGCUGCGAACCAAUUGAAAACAAAUCAAAUUUAAGCGAAGGUAAAACUGAUACAAAAUCGGUACAAGUACCAUCGAAUACACAUGAAUGUUUGAAAUGCCAAAACAUCAAAAGCAACGAAUCUAAAAACGUUUCUAUAAACAUUAAUGAAAACAAAGACAAAGAAGAUACUGCGAAUGUCCAACCCCAACAGGACAAAGAUGUGGGUCACGAUAAUACAGAUGCUAAAGAUAAAGAAUGUGUUUGUGUUCAUAAAGAGGAAGAACGAAUUAUACAACCAGUCUCUAAAUCUAGCUCUAAAUUAGACGAAAAUGUAUGUACGUUUCAUGAAACUGUGGGUGAUGUUUUGAGGGCAGUAUGUUCAUGCCCCUUAAUUGCAGAAGAAGAUAAGCAACCAGUCCAAAUAAUAAAAGAGGCUACUGUUACACCAGAAAAAUCUUGUACUUGUAUUGACAAUUCAGUAGACUGGAAUAGCCUUGGCAAAAUUAUUGGUCCUGAGAAAUUAAAAGAAUUACAGGAUAUAUAUACAGAAAAAAGUAAACAAAGUCAGAAUGAGUGCCCAUGUGGACCGAUAGACUCUAAAAGUAUCACAAAAACUCCAGAAAAGUCGUGUUCAUGCAUACCUAAGCCUGUAAACUUAGAAGACCUUUGCAGUAAAGUUGACGCAGUAGAAAUGCAACGAAUUAAAGAUAUCUACCUGCAAAAAGCAAUUAACCCUGAUCAAAGCCGAUACGAAUGUAGCUGCGAACCAAUUAAAAACAAAUCAAAUUUAAGCAAAGGUAAAAGUGAUACGAAAUUGGGACAAGUACAAUCGAACACACAUGAAUGUUUGAAAUGCCAAAACAUCAAAAGCAAAUAUUCUAAAAAGGGUUCUAUGAACAUUAAUGAAAACAAAAACAAACAAGAUACUACAAAUGUCCAACCCCAAGAGGCUAAGGAUAAUUUGGGUGGUUCUCAAGAGCUCGGUAUAACUAUUACUGAGUUUAAGGAAUUUGUAACAAUUAAAAGAUAUAGAAAAGAAGAUGGUACGAUUGGAGAGGAGAGACAAGUUGUAACUGUGAAAAGUGAAGCCAAAAAGCCAAAUCCGCCGAAUACUGACACACAGUCGUGUUUAUCCUGUAAAAGUUUGAAACAGAAAAACUCGUCAUCUACCCAAGCAAAAGUAAAAAUAACAUUACCGGUUGAAAAGAAAUCCAGCGAGACAUCUAACGUUUCAGUGAAGUCCUGUACAAUUUGUAAAAUGAACGCAAGUGGGAGUAACACUUCGGUGGAUUCAAGAAUAUCUUUCAAAAAAAAAGAGUGUGCUAGUAAAGCAGCCCAGACUGGAGAUAAAUCUAAAGGGACAUGCUGCAAAAUGAAUAAAGAAAACAGAUCAACUCCAGUUACGAGUUCUAUGGAUGGUAAAUCAUCUGAUACGUGUUUGAAGCAUUCGUCCAAUAACAAUACUGAUCGCGCCAAAAGCUGUUGUGUAAUCAAAAUUGUAUCCAAACCUAAGGAUGAACAUAGUAAAGAUGAUAAACUCAUAGCUGACAACUGUUUCGAACUAUUAAAACGUCUCUUGCUAGAAUCCAAUAAAUCUAAUGCGUCUAAACCUAGCGUUUGUUCUUGCCAGUCGAAAAAGGAAGUGAAACGUUCAACAAGUCAAACAUCUACCAAAACAUGUGAAUGUACAAAAUCUUCACAGUCAUUAAAAUCCGAGAAAUCACCACAAUAUUCGUCGGAAUCUUUUUUUUCCUGUAAAGAUUCGACAUGUAAAAAGAAGGAGUCAGAAUCAUCUUGCAAGUGUAAAUCAGAAACGAAGAAGGAUACCUGCCCCACUUGUGGUUCUAACGUUGCACCACCAAAACCUGUUAAUAAACCGAGCGAAUGUUCUUGUGGGAAAUCUAACUUGGAAUCCAAUUUAUCUAUAUUGUCCUAUGAUUCAUUACAAAAGUCUAUAGGCACAGAAACUGACUGUUCCCAAUGCGCCAAAGCGCAAAGUGCAGCACGGAACAGCGCUUGCCAACAACCAAAACCUGAAUGUCCACUUUGCUCCAAAAACACAAAUGGCUUCAAAUCAAAGCAAUUUUCCCAAGACUCCAAAAAAAAUUCAGAACAUUCAAAAUCUAGUGUACAGUUUGUGGAAAGUGAAAUUUGCUGCGAACCAAAGUCAAAAGAGGUUGGCACAAGCACGAGAAGGUCUGAUAGAUACGAUGUAAGAAAUAUAGACAUGCUCAUGCCCAAUAAACAUUCGACAUGCACCUGCUCAUCUGCCAGUUAUAAUCGUAUAUCUGUCGAUAAAUGGUUUGAGCCACCCCCAAAAGCGAACUCAUAUCAUGAUAGAUGCUUACAUUAA